AUGGAACUUACAAAAGAAAAUACACUUGCAUUGAGAAAUAAAUUAAUCGGGCAGUCUGUCAGACUUUUCUAUUCUGAUAGUCCGGUGAAAAUAACACGAGCAAGAGGUCAAUAUCUGUUUGACGAGAAUGGGACUGAAUAUUUGGAUUGCAUCAGUAACGUUCAACAUGUGGGACACUGCCACCCUAGCAUUACAGAGGCUGCGGCAAGACAAAUGGACCUCCUAAACACUAAUACAAGAUUCUUGCAUGACAACAUUAUCACGUAUGCAGAACGACUUGCAGCUACACUUCCUGCUAAACUAUCUGUAUUCUACUUUGUCAAUUCUGGAUCAGAGGCCAAUGACCUGGCUCUACGUUUGGCUCAGCAGUAUACUCAGCAGGAAGAUGUUAUUGUCCUUGAUCAUGCAUACCAUGGACAUCUAAUGUCUCUUAUUGACAUCAGCCCCUACAAGUUCAGGAAACUGACAGGGCAGAAAGAAUGGGUUCAUGUGGCUCCUUUGCCAGACACAUAUAGAGGUGUAUAUAGAGCUGACCAAUCCAAUCCAGGAAAAGCGUAUGCUGAUGCAGUAAAGGAUGUAAUUGAUCAAGUACAAAGUAAAGGACGAAAGAUUGCAGCCUUCUUUGCCGAGUCAUUACCAAGUGUUGGAGGACAGAUCAUCUUCCCAGAAGGAUAUUCUGUCAAGGUUGCAGAAUAUGUGCACUCUGCUGGUGGAAUUUUUGUGGCAGAUGAAGUGCAGACCGGAUUUGGACGAGUGGGAACCCACUUCUGGGCUUUCCAGUUACAAGGGGAGAAUUUCUGUCCUGACAUUGUGACCAUGGGAAAACCUAUGGGCAAUGGCCAUCCUCUAGCUUGUGUUGUCACAACUGCAGAAAUAGCUGGUGCCUUUACAGCAAAUGGCGUAGAGUAUUUCAACACUUUUGGAGGGAAUCCGGUGUCUUGUGCAAUUGGUUUAGCAGUCCUUGAUGUGAUUGAGAAAGAAGACCUCAGAGGAAAUGCCAUCAAAGUUGGAGCCAUGUUUAAACAUCUGCUCCAACAGUUGUCCUCAAAAUAUGAACUAAUUGGUGAUGUGCGAGGUGUGGGACUAUUUAUUGGCCUCGAGCUUGUCACAGACAGAGAACUGAAAACACCAGCUACUCAUACCGCUGCAUAUAUUGUAAAAAGGUUGAAGGAGGAUCAUAUUGUUGUCAGUACAGAUGGCCCUUGGGAUAAUGUGUUGAAGUUUAAGCCACCCAUGUGCUUCAGUAUGGAUAACGCAAAACGUGUGACACAAUGUAUUGACAACAUUCUCGCAGAUAUAAAGACCAAGAACCUUGAACUGGACAGAGACGACGUCUAA